AUGACACCCGAGCAAGGACCGACUUCGUCCCAGGGACCUCUAAUGAAACUCCCAUUAUCAGGAACAUACAGUCAACGUGAUGAGCAUUAUGGGGCAUCUUCAAGCUGGGACGACUGUGGCCAGAACUCAAUGCCCUCUUCUACUUCCCCAUUGACCAGGCGUAUGGCGGAUCUGACCUUGUUCUUCUGCCCAUGUUGUGGUUGGGACCCAAGACAUCAAGAUGGCUAUCAACAGCUACCGAGCUCUGCACCGGCAGUUUCUGGUCCAGAUGCUCCUUACAUGGCAGAAAAACAACCGUCUAUGACAAUGCCAUCAUCUGAACCGUAUGGUGACACAACUCUGAGCUCUGUUCAACAGCCAGAUUACAGCUUUCAACAAUCUAACUUGAAUGUUGCGCCCCUUGUCAACUUUCCUCUCAUCUCUGAUCAAACGGCGUUAGCGGAGCCUGUGAUGAGUGGUCCUGGGUCAACUCAUCAACCUCAUCUAUCAGCUGGAGACUUUUACGUCGCCCAAGCUUUCAAAGAGGAGCCACAGCUGGAGAACCAGGUACUAAUGCCCGGUCAACAGCUUGACACCAAGGCAUUUCCACAAGUCGGCUACACUUCCGAUCCUAGCCUUAUCGAUGCAAAUGUCAUAACUCACCAGAGCUUGGCUCCACCCGACAGCGUUUCCCAAUAUGGUAUGCUAAUCAAUACUCAACUUGGCGAAGAUACGGUGCAGAACGGGUGGUCUCUAAUGGAUCAACAAGCCAAUUAUGAAAUCGUGCUCACUAACCAAAGAGGGGGAAAGAGAGGUCCGUUCAAGGACCCAAAUCUCCGUGAACAAACUGCCCAAACCCGGAAGAUCGGUUCCUGUAUCAGGUGCAGAAUGCAAAGAAUUCGUUGUGAAAACAACCCCGAUGAAGAGGGAGGGGCCUAUAUCCGACUUUUCAAACCGGGCCAAGUACCCGGUUAUGAAUGGACACGACGAUGGACCAACAACAUCUCGGAUCCGAUACAGAGCUGGGCUACGACUGAAGAGCCCAGAACCAUCUAUCUGUCCGAGGGGCUAUCGAAUAAGUUUGUUAAGGUGAAGGUUCAACGAUUCAUUCCUCAAGCUGGUGACAAGCUGGAACGUACUUGGGAUUACAAGGGUGUCAAGAAAUCAGUAAAGAUUCCUCCGUAUGCGAUGGUCAACCUCGAGGAGGCGAAGAAAGAAUACCUGGACCACAUUGAGAAUAGCAUGCAGGAUGCUUUUACCAAGUUGCUGGGCCCACCUGAAGGCCUGCUAUUCCGAACGUACUUACGUGCUUGGAAAAUCUUCAAAGACCCGUCCACUACGCCAGAGUGUGUGGAACUUAUUCAUCAUACACUCUUGUUGUGGAUGUCGAUUCGUCUGACAACGCGGUCGAGCUUCAUUGUUGGAGAAGAGACCUUGGGGAUGAAGCAAAAUAUCCUGGACGAAACAAACCCGAACCAUGGCAAGAUCCCUCUUCCGCCUGUACUUGGCGCUCAGAUGGAUCUUAUCCUGAUUCACCACAUACAAACCAAGCUGCGAAGGGAGCUUCUGGACAAACUCCAGAAGAUGAUGUCAAAGAACAAGCAGAGCACUUGGCUAGUGACGUAUCUUGUGAUAUUCAUUCUUUUGCAUAACACAGCUCUCAUCACUGCUCAUGACGCUGGAUAUGCGAAGAAGCACGGCAUGAAGCGACGCUUUGCGCGUGAGGAGAAGGUCAAAGAAUACCACCUAGGCGCAAACAUCUUGCUCGCACACUUCCAUUACUGUAACAAGGGCAUCUACCCUUUCUCGGAAGAUUGCAAAGACCAAGACUUGCGAACACUGGCAGGCUUGGAUGAAGAAAAGAUCAAGUUUGUCCAUCAUACUAGCAACCUGGCUAGACGGCAUGCGUUGCAAUGGGAGGAGAUCCGGAACAAGGCCGUGUACGAGCAUGAUUACUUUUUUGUCAGCCAAUUGUUCGAGACCAACUGGCAACCUCGAACAACAAUAUGA